CUCAGGAUGCUGGUUACUUUAACGCCGAGAUGGCACCAAUUGAGGUGAAAACGAAAAAGGGGAAAGAAAGCAUGGAAAAGGACGAGCACCCAAAACCCCAGACCACUCUGGAACAAUUGGCAAAACUCCCGACUGUUUUCAAAAAGGAUGGGACCGUGACUGCUGGCAAUGCUUCAGGGGUGUGUGAUGGAGCUGGCGCAGUCAUCGUUGCCAGUGAAUCGGCACUUAAAAAGCACAGCCUCACUCCUCUGGCAAGAGUAGUAGCCUAUCACUCAUCUGGCUGUGACCCGUCCAUAAUGGGCAUCGGCCCUGUACCUGCAAUCACCGAGGUUCUGAAGAAAGCAGGCUUGACCCUGAAGGACAUGGAUUUGGUAGAGGUGAAUGAGGCAUUUGCACCUCAGUACCUAGCAGUUGAAAAAGUUUUGGGCCUUGAUCCCGAAAAAACCAACGUCAACGGAGGUGCCAUCGCUAUAGGUCAUCCUUUGGGUGCUUCAGGCUCACGGAUCACGGCUCAUCUGGUUCAUGAAUUAAGGCGUCGUGGUGGGAAAUACGCGGUUGGGUCAGCCUGCAUUGGCGGAGGACAAGGUAUUGCUGUUAUCAUUGAGAACACAGCCUGAGAGACUCUGGAGACUGCGGUGCUGCCCGAAUUACCGGUUCCCUGAGAAACCUCUGCCUUUUGUGACAGCACUGCAUCGCUGCCUGCCUCCGUUUUGUGCCAUUCCUGCAAGGUAAAGGAAUAGCUGAGAAGUC